CCCCCUCGAUCAUAACGAGCAUUUCUUUGGCAUCGCUAUGGUUGGCGGCUUAGUGACAUUCCUGCUCUUGUAUUUGUGUGCAUUGGCAUCGACGCAGCAGAAUCCACUCUUUCUGACGCGAAACCCGGUGCUUUCCCCCCGCGUUGACGCGUUUAUCAGUGAUAUUUUGGCGGAGUGGAAUACACCGGGCGGCGUCAGUGUUGCUGUUGUGAAAAAAGACAGUGAUGGUACCUGGACCGUAGAGACUAAGGGAUACGGAAAUGCAUCAGUCGAUGGUCGGCAAAUGACAGAGGACUCUUUGUUUUAUAUUGCGUCAAAUUCAAAGUUGUUCAAUAUUAUUGCUACAGGUCUCUUGAUUGCCAACGAAAGCCUACCACAUCGUAUCUCCUGGGACACAAAGAUAGCAUCCGUCGUUCCGGAAUGGGAGUUAAAAGAUCCUAUUGCGUCAUCUCAGAGUACCAUUGUCGACCUUAUGAGCCACCGUACCGGGCUCCCCCGCCAUGAUCUCAUGUAUGGAAGAACUGAUAAUGUUACCUCCAUCCUCAAAAGACUCAAACACCUCGAACCAUCUGCUGAGUUCCGGGAUAUCUAUCAAUACAACAACAAUAUGUACAUGCUCUUAUCCUAUCUACCGGAACUUCUCCUCCCGCACAAGCCACCCUUUGCCCGCUAUGUUAAGGAACACAUUUUUGAACCACUAGGACUGGUUUCGACGACUUAUUCCGUGGACGUCGCCCGAGCAAGCGGCAAUCUGGUGCAGGGUAUGGCGCGAGAUGGCGUUAAUAAAACUGAGAACUUAUUCGGCAUGGGAACCCCGAGAGCGAUGUGGCACCCUAGCUGGUUCUUGGCGGGUGAUGAGGAUGGAAACUACAAAUCUGGUGCCGGGGGGAUCAUUAGUAGUGCUAGAGAUGCCGCUACUUGGCUCCAGGCUUUGCUCGAUGGUGGACGAAAUCCCGUCACAAAAGAGUGUGUCAUUCCACCUGAUGUCAUCCAGAAGGUCACUACUGGAAAGACAGUUCAAAUGGGUUUCGCCCUGUACCCCGAGCUCUCAUCUGUGGUUUAUGGCGGUGCUCAAUCCCGUUAUACAUACAGAGGACAUGAAAUCAUAGAGCAUGGUGGAUCUACCACAGGCUUUAUGACUCAGAUAUCUCGAUUUCCCUCCGAUAAAUUGGGUAUCGCCGUAUUCUCAAAUGACAACGAAUAUGGAAGCAUGCUCCAUGAAAUCAUCAAGUGGUAUCUUGUUGAUGCUGCCUUCGGCCUUCCCCCUAUCGAUUGGAACACUAGAAUAAAAUCUGAAGUCACAAGACAAUACCGGGCGCUCGUCCGUGACUCCCAUUCAAAGCCGCCUAACCCGCGACCACCGUCGGUAUUAUUCGAUGCACUCAGUGGUACCUACGAGAAUUCGGGGUACGGCACAAUCGAUUUCUGUUUCAUUUUUAUGAACAAAACAACAUCGGACCUUCCGUCACCAUGCCACGAUUCAUGGACUGUACUCCCGGGCGCCGUCAAUACCUCGAUACCGACCCUCCUAGCGAAAUGGGAUAAGGCCUGGUCCACCCAUAUCAUGCUGACUCACUUUGACGGGAACCUUUUCAAUGUCAGCACUCUCGAAAGUAGACACACAAUCAACGAUACCCAACCGUUCUGGACUGCAGAAGUGCAUGAGAGUAGCAUCGUGACUGCGGAAUUUUCCUUUGACCGAGAAAUUCGCGGUUUUGGACUGACCGGUGGUAUAUGGGGAGCAAGUGCCGAAGUUGGCUCGAGAAAGGGCGCGACUGUUCAAGACCGCGCAGAGGUGUGGUUUCACAAACUCUGA